AUGACUGAGUUCCAGGAUAGAGAAAUUGGUGAUGGGACUACAUCUGUUGUUAUUGUAGCUGCUGAGAUGCUGAAGGAACAAAAUACAUCCAACAUCAUAUGUAGUGACCUGCAUUGCAGAAGUGAUUCCAGGAUAGAGAAGUUGGUGACCAAGGUUGAAAAUCUUGGGAAAGUUCCAUUGAUAUACUGUGCUAAAACCAGCAAGGCCAUUGACAUCCUGAAAGCUCAUGGACAAAGUGCAAGAGACAGCUAA